UGGUUCAAUAUCACCUACACAGACACGAACCAGGGAGAGGCUCUGUAAUAAUCCAUCACCCGCAUGUCAUGGACGAUCCUGUGAUGGUUUGCCCAUAGAAAAUUCAACUGAAGAAUGCAAUACACAAUAUUGUCCAAUUGAUGGUGGAUGGUCACCUUUCGAAUCAUGGUCUGAUUGGACUCAAUGUAACCGAAGUUGUGGAGGAGGAUUGAGAGAGAGAACCCGAAAUAGAUCUUGUACAAACCCUAUGCCUUUGCAUGGUGGCGAAAAAUGUGAUGGACUUGAUGAGGAUAUCGCGAUUGAAGAUUGCAAUACAUUGAAAUGUCCAAUUGAUGGCGGAUGGUCACCUUUCGAAUCAUGGUCUGAUUGGACUCAAUGUAACCGAAGUUGUGGAGGAGGAUCAAGAGAGAGAACCCAAAAUAGAUCUUGUACAAACCCUAUGCCUUUGCAUGGUGGCGAAAAAUGUGAUGGACUUGAUGAGGAUAUCGCGUUUGAAGAUUGCAAUACACUGAAAUGUCCAAUUGAUGGUGGAUGGUCACCUUUCGAAUUAUGGUCUGAUUGGACUCAAUGUAACCGAAGUUGUGGAGGAGGAUUAAGAGAGAGAACCCGAUAUAGAUCUUGUACAAACCCUAUGCCUUUGCAUGGUGGCGAAAAAUGUAAUGGACUUGAUAAGGACAUCGCGUUUGAAGAUUGCAAUACACUGAAAUGUCCAAGUUUUUGCACAUGUUCAGGAUAUGGUGGGAUCCAUUACAACACACCAGAUGGCGCAGAUAUACAUUUUAUGCGAAAAUCUAAAUAUAUCUUGUGGGAGUCUACAUUUCCAAUGCAUCCAUGUUCAUUUAGAGUUGAAACGAAAAACAAGAGAAGAUAUGGUUAUAAGCAUGCUUUCUACACUUUGUUGAUUGAUUUAUAUAUCAUGAAUACAACAAUUCGUAUACUGCAAAAAGACACUACUAUGGUAAACGGCAUAGCUAUAGAACUACCAACUUUACUGGUAAAUAAAUCCAUAGAGAUAACAAGAAGUGGAAGUUUCAUCACUGCAAUUCAUUCCAAAUGUAACAUACGAGUCCAGUUUGAUGGUGAUCACAUGAUUAACGUGAAGGUUUCUAAAAAUCUUUUUGCUGGAAAGUUAACUGGUCUUUGCGGAAACUGUAAUGGAAAUAAACAGGAUGACUACCAGACCAAAGUUUUUGAUGCUGGUGACCAACCAUUCUUUAAUUUAGUUGGUGUUCAUGUCCCACGUAAAUGUUUGGUGAAAGAUCAAGAACGUACUAAGAAGGAUGAUUAUUGCUGGUACCUUAUAUCAAAAUCCAGUCCAUUCAAGUUUUGUAGAGAAUCAAAGAAAGUAGAUUUUGUAAAGAUGUACUCUAGCUGUGAAUUUGACGUUUGUUUCUCUGAUCAGGAUAAUGCACAUUGUCCAACAUUACAGCAUACUGCAUUUGAAUGUAGUCAACAUGGAUAUAUAGUUAAAUGGAGAAACUUAGAGUUUUGUCCCUUAACUUGCAAAGAUGAUUUUGUCUACAAAACGUCAGUUUCCUGUACGAAUACAUGUGACAAUCCCACUGCCACUCAGAAUUGCCAGGAUCCACCUGUCGACGGCUGUACAUGUCCUGAUAAAACCUAUUUAAAGGACGACAAAUGUGUAACUAUUGAUAAAUGUGGAUCAUGUUUUGUAAAUAUUGGAGGCAUAAUAUCAAAAUUGGCAGUGGGCGAUUUCUAUCCAAAAGGUAACUGUACUGUGUUACAAAAGUGUGUCAUGGUAAAUAAAACCUUCGUAUUGGUACCUAUUCAGCCGGCGAAAAUCUGUAAAGUAGAUGAAUUGUGCACAUCGAACAACUUUGGAAUAUAUGAUUGUACAAAGAAUUCUAAACUUGAAGACAUCUCGACCACUACCAGAAAAAAAAUUGCAGCUGUAUCAUCCCAAAUCUCAUCACUUUCGAAUAAGUCAGUAACAGAAAAAGAGGAAGUAUUAAAGACGGAAUCAACUUCAAAAGAAGACAAUUUUCCAGCCACUACAAUUACAGUGAAUGACACUUUAUCGCCAUUUAUCCCUGUUAAAAAUCGAGCGAAUUUACUUGCGAGCACUCAAAGCACUUUACAGGAUCACACAACCAAAUACACGACAUCUGAAGCAAAACAAUUUACUCGAAAUUUUGCAAACAUAACGGAAGAUAACAAUUUAGAAGCAACAACGACGAGUGAGUCAAAUAUUUUUUCAAAGCAACAAACGUCUUUAAUAACUGAAGAAGCUCUAACUGAGGUUACUACAUUAAAUAAUACGAGUCCGGUCAAUGGUGAAUCUCCAGUUGAAAAACAUGAAAGACAUGAAGUUACAGCAUCCAGUUUGAAUUUAACAACAGAGGGCCAACACAUUGAAACUACUACUGCUAACACUGUCAAUAUAAAUAGCAAACAGAAAAACGAAUAUGAAACAACAAGUGAAUCGGUUGGGAUUACAAAUUUUAUCUUCACCACAAACACUGAUUAUGAACAAUUAGAUAAAACCACUACUAGUUUAAUUGAAAAACUUCAGUUUCAUACUAUGUCGGCAAUAGAAGAUACGACAGUCGAAACACAUAAUGAAAAAUCGAGUACAACGGCAGAUAUAUUUGGUAUAGACGCAGCAUCAAUAUUGAACACAACAACAUAUUCGCUUACCACAAUUACGGACCAUACAAAACAGAGAACUAGAAUGUCUACGCCACGGAUGUUGACAAUGUCUGAAGAUCUAUCAGAAUCAGUAGACGGCGGUUGGUCAUCUUUCAAAUCAUGGUCUGCAUGGACUCACUGUAGCCGAAGUUGUGGAGGAGGAAUGAGGGAGAGAAUCCGGUAUAGAUCUUGUACAAAACCUUCACUUAUGCAUGGUGGCAAAAUAUGUAACGGACUUGAUAAGGAUAUCGUUUUUGAAGAUUGCAAUACCAUGAAAUGUAUAAGUUUUUGCACAUGCUCAGGAUAUGGUGGGUUCCAUUACAACACACCUGAUGGCGCAGAUAUACAUUUCAUGCGAACAUCUAAAUAUAUCUUGUGGGAGUCUACAUUUCAAAAUGAUCCAUGUUCAUUUAGAGUUGAAACGAAAAACAAGAGAAGAUAUGGUUAUAAGCAUGCUUUCUACACUCUGUUGAUUGAUUUAUAUAUUGUGAAUACAACAAUUGGCAUACUGCAAAACGAAACUACUAUGGUAAACGGCAUAGCUAUAGAACUACCAACAGUACUGGUAAAUAAAUCCAUAGAGAUAACAAGAAGUGGAAGUUUCAUCACUGCAAUUCAUUCCAAAUGUAACAUCAGAGUCCAGUUUGAUGGUGAUCAUAUGAUUAACGUAAAGGUUUCUAAAAAUCUUUUUGCUGGAAAGUUAUCUGGUCUUUGCGGAAACUGUAAUGAAAAUAAACAGGAUGACUACCAGACCAAGUCCGUAAAAGUUGUUUCUGGGAUUGAUUGGGUGGACAAAGUUUUUGAUGAUGAUCAACCAUUCUUUAAUUUAGUUGGUGUUCAUGUCCCACGUAAAUGUUUGGUAAAAGAUCAAGAACGAACUAAGAAGGAUGAUUAUUGCUGGUACCUUAUAUCAAAAACCAGUCCAUUCAAGUUUUGUAGAGAAUCAAAGAAAGUAGAUUUUGUCAAGAUGUACUCUAACUGUGAAUUUGACGUUUGUUUCUCCGAUCAGGAUAAUGCAUAUUGUCCAACAUUACAGCGUACUGCAUUUGAAUGUAGUCAACAUGGAUAUAUAGUGAAAUGGAGAAACUUAAAGUUUUGUCCCUUAACUUGCAAAGAUGAUUUUGUCUACAAAACGUCAGUGUCGUGUACAAAUACAUGUGACAAUCCCACAGCCACUCAGAAUUGUCAGGAUCCACCUGUCGACGGCUGUACAUGCCCAGAUAAAACCUAUCUAAAAGGCGGUAAAUGUGUAACUCUAGAUAAAUGUGGAUCAUGUUAUCUAAAUAUUGAAGGCAUAUCAUCAAAAUUGGCAGUGGGCGAUUUCUAUCCAAAAGGUAACUGUACUGUGUCACAAAAGUGUGACAUGGUAAAUAAAAACUUCGUCUUGGUACCUAUUCAGCAGGCGAAAAUCUGUGAUGUAGAUGAAUUGUGCACAGCGAACAACUUUGGAAUAUAUGAUUGUACUAAGAAUUCCACAUAUGAUACACAGAGACAGUCGUUACACGAAAAACCAGAUAAUUCGGCGAAAGCCUUUACAUCGAAAGAUGGUAUUCCAACUUUAAGUUUUAUCAAGGCCACAAAGAAAUAUGUAACCAUCAAAGCAUAUAAUGAUGUUAACACAACAUCCGUGUCAGAGCCAAUAACUAACGACUUGAAAACAUCGAAAAUUGUUCGCCAAGAGACUACGAUAACAAAUCCAUUCACGUCAAUAGACAGUAUCACGCAUCAAUAUGCUCAAGAGAUGUCUUCAACAGCAAUAACAGAAAAAGAGGCAGUAUUAAAGGCGACUUCAAAAGAAGAUAAUUUCCCAGCCACUACAAUUACAGUGAAUGACACUUUAUCGCCAUUUAUCUCUGUUAAAAAUCGUACGAAUUUCCUUGUGAGCACUCAAAGCACUUUACAGGAACACACAACCAAAUACACGACAUCUAAAGCAAAACAAUCUACUGUAAACUACAGAACGGAAGAUAAGAAUUUAGAAGCAAGAACGACGAGUGAGUCAAAUGUUUUAUCAAAUCAACAACUGUCUUUAAUAACUGAAGGAACUCUAACUGAGGUUACAACAUCAAAUGAUACGAGUCUCGUCAAUCGAAAGUCUCCAUUUGAAAAAGUUACAGAAAGACAUGAAGUUACAGCAUCCAGUUUGAAUGUAACGACAGAGGGCCAAUACAUUGAAACUACUACUGCUAAUACUGUCAAUCUAAAUAGCAAACAGAAAAACGAAUACGAAACAACAAGCGAAUCGGUUGAGAUAACAAAUUUUAUCUUCACCACAAACACUGAUUAUGAACAAUUAGAUAAAACCACUACUAGUUUAAUUGAAAAACUCCAGUUUCAUACUAUGUCGGCAUUAGAAGAUACGACAAUUGAAACAAAUAAUGAAAAAUCGAGUACAACGACAGAUAUAUUUGGUAUAGACGCAUUAUCAAUAUUGAACCCAACAACAUAUUCUCUUACCACAAAUACAGACCAUACAAAACAGAGAACUAGAUCGUCUACGUCACAGAUGUUUACACUGUCUGAAGAUCUAUCAGAAUCAGUAAACGGCGGUUGGUCAUCUUUCAAAUCAUGGUCUGGAUGGACUCACUGUACCCGAAGUUGUGGAGGAGGAUUAAGGGAGAGAACCCGAUAUAGAUCUUGUACAAACCCUUUGCCUUUGCAUGGUGGCAACAAAUGUAAUGGAUUUGAUAAGGAUAUCGCGUUUGAAGACUGCAAUACCCUGAAAUGUCCAGGUUUUUGCACAUGUUCAGGAUACGGUGGGUUCCAUUACAACACACCUGAUGGCGCAGAUAUACAUUUUAUGCGAACAUCUAAAUAUAUAUUGUGGGAGUCUACAUUUCAAAAUGAUCCAUGUUCAUUUAGAGUUGAAACGAAAAACAAGAGAAGAUAUGGUUAUAAGCAUGCUUUCUACACUCUGUUGAUUGAGUUAUAUAUCGUGAAUACAACAAUUCGCAUACUACAAAAAGACACUUCUAUGGUAAACGGCAUAGCUAUAGAACUACCAACUUUACUGGUAAAUAAAUCCAUAGAGAUAACAAGAAGUGGAAGUUUCAUCACUGCAAUUCAUUCCAAAUGUAACAUACGAGUCCAGUUUGAUGGUGAUCACAUGAUUAACGUAAAGGUUUCUAAAAAUCGUUUUGCUGGAAAGUUAACUGGUCUUUGCGGAAACUGUAAUGGAAAUAAACAGGAUGACUACCAGACCAAGUCCGUAAUAGUUGUUUCUGGGAUUGAUUGGGUGGACAAAGUUUUUGGUGAUGGUGACCAACCAUUCUUUAAUUUAGUUGGUGUUCAUGUCCCACGUAAAUGUUUGGUAAAAGAUAAAGAACGAACUACGAAGGAUGAUUAUUGCUGGUACCUUAUAUCAAAAUCCAGUCCAUUUAAGUUUUGUAGAGAAUCAAAGAAAGUAGAUUUUGUCAAGAUGUACUCUAGCUGUGAAUUUGACGUUUGUUUCUCUGAUCAGGAUAAUGCACAUUGUCCAACAUAUCAGCGUACUGCAUUUGAAUGUAGUCAACAUGGAUAUAAUGUGAAAUGGAGAAACUUUAAGUUUUGUCCCUUAACUUGCAAAGAUGAUUUUGUCUACAAAACGUCUGUGUCCUGUACAAAUACAUGUGACAAUCCCACAGCCACUCAGAAUUGUCAAGAUCCACAUGUCGAUGGCUGUACAUGUCCAGAUAAAACUUAUUUAAAGGGUGGUAAAUGUGUAACUAUUGAUAAAUGUGGAUCAUGUAACCUUAAGAUUGACGGAAUAUCUUCUAAAUUGGCAGUGGGCGAUUUCUAUCCAAAGGGUAGCUGUACUGUGUCACACAAGUGUGACAUGGUAAAUAAAAACUUCGUAUUGGUACCUAUUCAGCCGGCGAAAAUCUGUGAUGUAGAUGAAUUGUGCACAGCGAACAACUUUGGAAUAUAUGAUUGUACUAAGAAUUUUUGAAUACAUGUGCCAGAGCAGGAUUAAUUUUGUCAAGACAGGUAUUUUGGAAAUACAUCUUGUUCUGAAGCAUUAAAAAAUGACAUGUUCACCAAUUAAUCUUUAAACUGUGAAUCAAUAGUACCAUAUCCUGGUUCCCGGGACUACAUUCCAGGUAUUAGCUGAUAGCCAUACAUUGUCACGAGGACAUAUUUGUAUAUGUGUAACAUACUGAAUAUUGCGAUCGGGAACCAGUCUAAUAAUACCACAGCAAUAAUACAGUAUAGAUGCUGAAAAA